UUCCCUACUUUCUUCACCAGCCAAAGCUCACAGUCUCCACCAUUAUGCGACGGCUCCUCCCCCACCCCCUGCUGUCUUCUUCUUCUCAAGACCGUCAUCUUCAUCAAUCUCCAAAUAUGAGUUCUGCUCAGCCAUCAGUUUCAUCUUAUUCCCCCGGACAAGGCCCAUAUGUGGCUCCACCACCGGCUGGUUACCCCACCAUGGACGCCUCUGCUGCUGUUGGGCAACCCCAAAACAGAGUUGAAACCAAAUCCAAGGGAGAUGGCUUCUGGAAAGGAUGGUAAGAAGAAGAAUCAUCUUAAUAAAAACAAAUACAAAUAUUAUACAUCUAUAUUUAUACUGAUUAUAUAUGCUCUGUGAUUGUGCAAUUGUGCUGCCAUAUGUUGCUGUUGUAUGUUGGAUGCAUGCUUCUGAGGAUUCAGGAUCAUCAUCAUGACUCAUCUUAUUCUAUGGAUUUUUAUUUAACACUAUUUGUGUUAUAUAUUUGUUUGUUUGUUUCUAAUUUUUCAUAGCUUUUAGUUUGAUCAUUGUACAUGUAUGAUCAUCACAUAUUGUAUCAUCAGACUCAGCACAGGUUGAAUAUUUUACAA